UCCGACUACGAAAGAGAAAACUAUGUCAGAAGAGGUUCCAACUCCCGCCGCCGCUCCGGCAAAGGCCCCGGCCAAAGCCCCGGCAAAGGCCGCCAAGAAGAAGGCGACACCCAAACCGAGGAAGGCCGGUCCCAGCCUCCGUGACCUCAUCGUCGAAGCCGUCUCCGCGUCCAAGGAGCGCAGCGGCGUGUCUCUGGCCGCCCUGAAGAAGACUCUGGCCGCCGGAGGCUACGAUGUGGAGAAGAACAAUGCCCGCGUCAAGGUCGCCAUCAAGGCGCUCGUGGCCAACGCGACCCUGCUGCAGACCAAGGGAACCGGGGCGUCCGGCUCCUUCAAGAUGAACAAGAAGGCCGAGCCCAAGGCCAAGAAGCCGGUGAAGAAGGCCGUUGCUCCCAAGGCCAAGAAGCCCGCAGCCGCCAAGAAACCCGCCGCGGCCAAGAAGCUUAAGGCUGCAGCCAAGAAGCCGGCAGCCGCCAAGAAGUCCCCGAAGAAGGCGUCGAAACCUGCCGCGGCCAAGAAGGUGACCAAGAGCCCUAAGAAGGCCGCGAGGAGCCCGAAGAAGGUGGCGAAGAAAGCCGCACCUGCUGCCAAGAAAGUCCCCGCAAAGAAGGCGGCGGCGGCCAAACCCAAAGCGAAAAAGACCGCAGCGAAGAGGAAGUGAGCGGCGACCGGUCCGACACACAACGGCUCUUUUAAGAGCCACACACCUUCUCUAAUGAGAGCAAAGUCCUUAUUCCUAUAUGUUUAAUAUGUGGUGAUUUUAUAUUUUUAUAUGAUGAAAUAUGUCUAGCCAAUAUGUUUUUGUAUGAUGGAGGGAGAAGUGGCACAAACUCUGAUCCUCUUGAACCUGGUUCAACUCAACUUCACCGCACUGACGUCACUUCAACAAGUCUGUUAUGAAAUAAUAUGAUUUUUUAAAUUUAAUUAAAAUGUAGUAACUUGUUUUUUAAAUUUGUUUUUAAAACAUAUAAACACAUUUCAUCAUUUUUUUAAAAAUAUAUUUAUGCCCAACAAAUGUUUUAUCCAUAAAAUUGACAGUAGCGGAAUGAACAUGUACAAAAUGAAUUAAAUGAUAAUUGAAAUCAA